UUUUUGCACACCCUAAAGAAUAUAGUCAGUUGACUUGACAAAAUUUGAACAAUCUUCCUAGCUAUUAUUUAUACCGAUUUAAAAAUUCAUCUAAAAUAUAGAAAUGGGAAACCCAACAUAACAAUAGAAAACACGCUACUUUUUAAUUUUAAUUCAAGAAAACCAUGAGCAAACAAUAAUAACAAUAUAUUUAUAAUCUCAGUAAAGCAGUGAAAGAGUAUAGUUUACAGCAAAACAACAUCUGAUUUAAUCAGUUUUCUAUUUCGAAAGAGUACUGAUAAAAAGCGGAAAUUGUGUUUAAAACCAACCGGAAGCCUACACAAAAAUUACUAUGUGUAUGUAAUGUAAUGUAAUCUGUAAUCAUGGAGAUUCUCAAAGGGGACGAUGCCGAAUGAAUAAAUUUGUUGACUGUCUGAGACGCUUAUACGCGAGGCCCUGCAAUCCAAAAAUUGUCCCACCGCCCACCGGGCAAUGUCCAAUAAAAUCGAUAUAUUCAGAACCAUUUUGAAGCCAUCGACUCGAUGAACUUCUACCAGGCUCCCAUAAAGUACAGACGUGCUGCCAAUCGUUCGACAACUUCGAUUGGAUCCAAAUCAGCCCCUUCAUCGCUCCGAAAUGGAAACCCAACAUGGCGGGGGAGUGGGAAAUCCAACAUGAUGCAGCUGUGGAAACUCACCAUGCAGGGGAAAUGGCAGCUCAUCAAAAAGGACGGAACCCUUUGUCUGAAAGUCUGGCAACGCGCAAUAAAAAACGGUCAAAUACUAAGGAUAUAGGAUACCAAACAAUUAAACACAUUUUUUUUUUAGAAAAUGUUUGCUUUUUGAAUCGACAUACAUUUUUAAAUUACGAGUGUGACCGACUGCAUUUAAAACAAUAUGACGGAUUUAUAAAAAGCUUUAAAAUCUUACAAGUUAGGAAUAGAGAAAAAUAUCCAGUAAAACUCCCCCGAAUAAAAUGUAAACAAUCCUUUAAAUAGAUGGAUUUGAGAUGGCUUUUAAUGACGACUACGAGCACCCAGAUAGUCUAGAAUAUAUAUUGGAAUCUGUUUUGAUGUGCAACGAUAAAAGUUUAGAAUUCAAUCAUUUGGCAGAUGACUACAAUUCUGUGCUUCUAAACCAAUGCCUCUGCAAUGGAGAUUGCCAAAAAAGCGAAAUCUGUCCACAUGGUGGUCAUUACGAAUACUCAACGGAUGGCAGGGAAUUACUUCUUAAGAAAUCAUCAAACCCCGUCAUCGAGUGCCACAACUUAUGCAAGUGCAGUAAAAACACAUGCUCCAAUCGCCUUGUGCAGAAUGGGCCAAGGAAAAAUCUGGAGAUAUUCGAUUCUCCAGUUUACGGAUCCAAAGGAGUCCGCACUAGCGAAAACAUUCCACGCGGCGCCUUUAUCUGUGAAUAUGCUGGAGAACUUUUGACCUCACAUGAAGCCAAAAGACGCUUGAUAAUAAAUGAAGAACUAGGCUCCAUGAACUAUGUCUUAGUUUUAAAUGAAUAUACCAGCGAAAAGAAGCAACAGGUGACCAUCGUGGAUCCGUCUACGCGUGGGAACAUUGGACGCUACAUAAACCACAGCUGCGAGCCCAACUGUCACAUAGCAGCUGUACGAAUAGACUGUCCCAUACCGAAAAUAGGCAUAUUUGCAGCACGAGAUAUUCCGGCCAGGGAAGAGUUGUGCUUUCAUUACGGCGGAGAGGGGCAGUACAAAAGGGUAAAUGACGGAAAGACUUGCCUCUGCGCUGCUCCAACUUGCACUGGUUUUAUGCCAAACACUGAAAUUGGGCAAUAAAUAAAUUUACGAAUGUUGAAUAAGUUAA